AUUUGGUAUCUUUUCUCUGCGGUAAUGAUUCACGAACCAGAGGACGAGAGGGCAGGUAAAACAAUGGAGGGUCUCAUCGACAUCAAGGAUUCCUGGCGAAAGACUUGGGAUUUUGCCGGCUCCCACUCUCCUUGCACUCCACGCUGAGGUCGAGGAAAGUGGCGAACGGAGAUCCCCGGUGGUGUCGAACUGUAGAUCACUGGCAGAGGAGAGGAAGAGGUCGCCGAAGAUAUAGACCACGAAGAUGACCAUAGAAGAAGCUGGGAAGAGGAAGAUGAGCAAGAAAGAUGAGACCUUUGAGCAAGAGCAUAAGAUGGAAGAGGAUGAUGGAGGCGUAGCGGGGAAGACGGUGGUGGUCGGUGUUAGGACGGACCCGCAGAGCCGAGAACUCCUCACGUGGGCGCUCGUCAAGGCUGCCGCCACCGGCGACCGUGUUGUCGCUCUCCACGUCCUGCACUCUUCCCAAGAUCCUGGCGAUCGACCCGCCGCUGUGUUCUCGAUCGCUAAGGAUCUGGACGGCAUGCUCACGGCCUACGAGGGCUUCUGCAAUCUUCAGCAGAUCGACCUAAAGCUGAAAAUUUGCAAGGGCUCGUCCAUUCGAAAGGUUUUGGUGAGCGAAGCGAUAUCUUUUUCUGCGUCGAUGCUCAUCCUUGGGGUCAACAAGAACAGCCACGCCGCGAUGUCUCCUUCCAUCUCUGUUGCUAAAUUUUGUGCCAAAAGGCUGCAAAGCAAUUGCUCUGUGGUUGCAUUGAACGAGGGGAAGAUUGUUUUCCAGAGAGAAGCUGCAGAUAACAGCAAGUCUCAGAGAAAGUCGGGUAAACCAAGUAUGAUUAACCGUGAUGAGAGCUACGAAUUGUUCUGUCUCUUGCCGAUGGUUGGGCAGAGGAGGCUGAUUGAAAAAGACUCGGACACUGCUUCUAUUCUAAAAGAUCAGUUGAAUGGCUGUAGAACUCGUGAUAAGAACAGUUUAUCCACUGUCGGUGUAUCACCUAGAAAUAGUUGUUCAAUUUGCGCACCUGAAAAUGAUGCUGCUUCUUCAAAUGAGUUGAAGAACGGAGGACAAUCGGCCUUAGUUCCAUUAAAGAAAUCUGAAGUCCCUCCAAGCAACUCUAUGACAGCUGUGGCUAAAGAUUUACCGGAAGCCUGGCAUGGUUGGUCUUUGCUGAAAAGGUCGGUCUUAACCUUCCAAUGGGCAAAGAGGUUACCAAGCCGACAGACUUCUGUCCAUCCCGAUUGUAAGUCAAAGAAGUUAGAUGGAGAUGCGAGAGUCAAAUUUGAAGGAGAAAAUGGAGAAAUUGUUCGAGUUCAAGGUGAUUCACCACCACCCAUUUGUCUUGUCACAGACGCUGAAGGUAGGUUGCAUGAGGAGUUGCAGACGCUUCAAGAGAAAUAUUCAUCUGUUUGUAGACUAUUCAGCCACGAGGAUCUUGUGCAAGCGACAUCCAAUUUUUCUCAAGAGAAUUUGAUUGGAAAGGGUGGUAGUAGCAUUGUGUACAAAGGCCAUCUUUCAGAUGGAAAAGAAUUGGCUGUAAAGCUUUUGAAACCAUCUGAAGAUGCAUUGAAAGAGUUUAUUUCAGAGAUUGAGAUCAUCACCUCUCUGAAUCACAAGAACAUUAUCUCACUACUUGGGUUUUGCUUUGAGAAUAAUGGACUGAUAUUGGUCUAUGACUAUGUAUCACAAGGUAGCUUAGAGGAUCUCCUUCAUGGUGAGAAUGCAAACAAGCAUGUCCUCAGUUGGGCUGAAAGAUACAAGGUAGCAGUAGGUGUUGCAGAGGCACUUGAUUAUUUACAUGGAGGUGGUAGUACUGAACCUGUGAUUCAUCGGGAUGUGAAGUCCUCAAACAUCCUUCUCUCUGAGGAUUUUGAACCACAGUUAUCAGAUUUUGGAUUGGCAAAAUGGUCAUCAGCUUCAACAUCACAACCAAUCUGUGAUGAUGUUGCAGGAACUUUUGGGUACUUAGCUCCUGAAUACAUUUUGUUUGGGAAAGUUGAUGAAAAAAUUGAUGUCUAUGCAUAUGGAGUUGUGCUUCUUGAGCUCCUUACAGGGAGGAAGCCCAUCAGUGCAGGUUGUCCCAAAGGCCAAGAGAGCCUUGUCUUGUGGGCAAAGCCAAUCUUACAAGAUGGAGAUGUUAAGAAGAUAAUAGAUCCAUGCUUAAAAAAUGAUUUCGAUAGUACUCAAGUGGAAAGGACGAUCCUAGCUGCUUCCCUUUGUGUAAGGCGGCAUCACAGUGCACGACCUCAAAUAUCACUUGUUCUGAAACUGCUCCAGGGAGACAAUGAAGUUGUUGAAUGUGCAAGAGCCGAAGUCAGUUCUCAUUUUGAUGUGGAAGGUGAUGAAAUAUUCAACCUCGAAUCUGACAUUCGAUCCCAUCUUACUCUAGCGCUGCUUGAUGUUGACAAUGGCACGAACUCAGUUAGCAGUACUGCAAGCACUUCUGUGGAAAACUACUUACAAUGGACAUGGAGCCGUUCGGACUAACAUGUAUAAAGUGUGGUGGCCACUCCUGUAUAGUGUGUUCUUGUUUCUUAAUUCCUUGUUUUUACAUUGUUUCCUUGAUUAUACAGCAAAGUAGGAGAAACUGUUGUCAAGCAUCUGGAAGAGGUUCUUUUUUUUUUUUCCCGAAGGUACGAUUUAGGUUUUCUCCAUGGUAGUCCUCGUACAAUUUGGGGAACUAGUUAUGGAGUUGAUUGUUUCUUGCACAUUGCCCUCUAAUUGAUUGAAUUGUGAUUCUAAUGUUGCUUCA